AGUUUACUCAUCAGCACUGAGAGGAAACACACACAUUUGAGAGGAAAGAGAUUUGAUUGACUCUGAACUUAAAGAGAUUCACACCUGAAGGUUCAUUCUCCACCUGUGAAAUAUCACACUGAGAACACCUGACAACAUGUCUGCAGACACCGUCAACACACCUGAGUUUCACCCAGGUGACACUCUGCACAGCAGCUCAGCUGUUUACUCCAUCAUGGAUUUCAUUGGUGAAGAGGUCUUUGGCAAAGUGGCCAAGUGUUGGAGACUGGACACCAAAAAGAUCGUGGUAAUCAAGAUCCUGAAGGAUGACCCUGCUUUGCUCCAGGACUCUGAGACUGAGGAGUCCAUCUUAAAGUAUGUAUCAGUCCUGAAUGCAGACAGCCAUAACCUAGUGAGGUUCUUUGAGAAGUUCCAGUUCAUGGGACAGAUGUGUUUAGUAUUCGAGAUGCUGGACAUGAAUCUGUUUGACUUGCUCAAGGAAACAGACUGGAAGCCUCUUUCUCUGCCAGCCAUCCGGCCUAUCGCACAGCAGCUGCUGGUCGCGCUGGCUGCCCUGAAGGGUCUGAAUAUCCUUCACAUGGAUAUCAAGCCGGACAAUGUGACGCUUGUUCACACAGACCUGCCCGUCAGGGUCAGACUAAUUGACUUCGGUUCAGCCAUUACAGCUGACCAGGUCCAGCGUGGACUUGUAGUCCAGUCUAUUGGAUAUAGGGCUCCAGAGAUCUCCCUCGGUCUUCCCUACACUGAGGCGAUCGAUGUAUGGGGGGUCGGCUGCAUCCUGGCCUGCCUCUUCCUUUCAGACAACCUCUUCCCUGUGCAUUGUGAAUACCUGAUGAUGAAGUACAUUGUGGAGAUUCUGGGUCAACCAGAGGACCAGCUGCUCCAAGCUGGGAUGUACACCCAGUGCUUCUUCAUUGAGGAGGAGGCAGCAGCUAAAGGGUCAUCAUGGAGGUUUAUGACACCUGAAGAAUUCACUGUAGCUAAUAACGUACAGCCAGAGGAGCCGGUCGAACACCCCAACCUCCCGAGCUCUCUGAAUGCCCUGGUUCAUAUGUUUCCACCAGAGAGUCACGCUGAGCUGAGAGACAGGGUGCUUUUUGUGGAUCUGCUGAAAGGUCUGCUGCAUCUGGACGGGGAUCAGAGGAUGACUGCCAGUCAGGGUCUGCAGCACCCGUUUAUAACCAUGUCUCACCUGGACUCUGGAUCAGACUAUCUGAUCAACUCCAGAGACAUGAUGGGCAUUAGCCAAAAACCAGACCAGGAGUCAGGCUCUGGCUCCUCCGGUCUUUUUCCUGGAUCCGCUAACGAUGAUCAACCCUCUUCGUCAUUGGCUGGAGACACAGACUUGGUGGCUGAAGACGAUAGUAAUUCUACAGGAUCAUCAAAUGGAGUAUCUGCCAUCCCCUCCUAUGAAGCCGGUUUAGUGACUGUUGGUUCAUUUGAUGGAGGUCUAUCUUCGCCUCCUGGUGAUGAAGAUGAAGCUGACCUGUCUCCUGAAUAUGAAGCUGACCUGUCUCCUGAAGAUGAAGCUGACCUGUCUCCUGAAUAUGAAGCUGACCUGUCUUCUGAAGAUGAAGCUGACCUGUCUUCUGAAGGUGAAGCUGACCUGUCUUCUGAAGAUGAAGCUGACCUGUCUUCUGAAGAUGAAGCUGACCUGUCUCCUGAAGAUGAAGCUGACCUGUCUCCUGAAGAUGAAGCUGACCUGUCUUCUGAAGGUGAAGCUGACCUGUCUCCUGAAGAUGAAGCUGACCUGUCUCCUGAAGAUGAAGCUGACCUGUCUCCUGAAAAUGAAGCUGACCUGUCUCCUGAAGAUGAAGCUGACCUGUCUCCUGAAGAUGAAGCUGACCUGUCUCCUGAAGAUGAAGCUGACCUGUCUCCUGAAGAUGAAGCUGACCUGUCUCCUGAAAAUGAAGCUGACCUGUCUCCUGAAGAUGAAGCUGACCUGUCUCCUGAAGGAGCAGCUCAAACAGACUCCUCUGCUUCAGUCUCAGCUUCGCCUGGAUGCAUGAAAAAAAUGAGGAAGAGGUUACGCAGAUUUUUCCGACGUGUGGCAGCUUCUCUGUGUUGUGGCUGCCAAACUGAGGAGUGAUCAUCGUCUGAUCUACUGAUUUAAAAAAUGUGUUAAGUUUUAUUUGUGUUUACUCUGCUUCAUUUUAAAUAAAAAGUGCUGACUUGAA